AUGAUGCGAAUACUCGAAGCACAGGCGCCUGCUAGACAGACUGCCACCGACACUAUACAGACACUCAGCAGCCGCCUUGCAAGUGCUACUUUACUCGAGGAUCGACGGGCCGCGAUACUCGGUCUACGCAGCUUCGCAAAGCUAUACCCUGCUUCGGUGGCUUCUGGGGCAUUGAGAGAUCUUAUCGCCGGAUUGAGACGAGAUGGAGACGACUCAGACACGAUCAAAAUUCUGCUGGAGACGCUUUUGAUGCUGUUUGAGCCAGAUGAGAAGUCAACGGAGGCUUCGGAGGAGAUCAGUCUGUGGCUAGCCGACGAGUUUACGCAGAGACAGGACAACAUUACCGCCCUCUUGGACUUGCUUGAGCCUAAUGAGUUCUACUCACGUUUAUACGUCCUCCAGAUUCUGUUCCAUAUAUCCACCGCGCGGCCACAGCGGACACAAGAGGCUAUAUUUUCGGCGCCUUUGGGUAUCUCUCGCAUAACAAAUAUGUUGGAUGAUAGACGGGAGGCGAUUCGGAGCGAAGCUUUGAUACUGCUGGUGGCCUUGACCCCAACGUCGGCGGAAAUACAGAAAGUCGUGGCCUUCGAAAAUGCAUUUGACCGUGUCUUCGCUCUGAUUGACGGCGACGGCGGUCUUACACACGGCUCUACCACUGUUCAAGACUGCCUCUCACUUUUGGCCAAUCUUCUGAAUCUCAACACUUCCAAUCAAUCGUACUUUAGAGAGAUCGGUGGGAUAUUGAAGAUCAAGAAGCUGUUGGCGACCGCCGUGGACGAAGAGGAUUCAGGGGACGGCAGUUCAGAAUGGCUCAAACCACAGCGUGAUAUGAAUGUCUGGGGCUUAUUGGGGGUUAUCCAGUUAUUUCUUGCUCAAGGUUCUCAAGGGACCGUGGUUAACCAACAAAUAUUUUGGACGACCGGAGUUCUAGACGUUAUUUUGCGAAUUGCCUUUCAUCCUGCAUUCAGCACCGGUGUACGAACCAAGUCACUACAAACGUGUGGCGACGUCAUUCGAGCAAAUCAUAGUCUCCAGGAAAGGUUCGGCGAUCUUGGAGUCCAAAUCAAAGAGCCGGAUAGCCCUACUACCAACGGCCACUCGUCGAGUACCACCAAUGGGAAGGCGCCCAAGCAGAGCAAACCUACCUUUCGAACUCAGAACGUAAUCGAAUCACUUCUAGAGGUGGCACUAGGACCCGCUCCACUGGCUCUAUUCGACGUCCGACUGGCAGCGUGUUCCUGCCUCGAAGCCUUCAUGAAUGGCCAUGUUGGUAUACGAAGCCACGUGCUGAAGAGGGCCAUCGAGGGGCACAAAGCAGGAGAUGAUACCAUACCUAACAUGCUCACCGUCUUGCUUGAACCUCCUGGGACACGUAACAACUCUGACCCGUACCAACAAUGGAUGGCUGCGGUACUUUUGCUCCACCUCCUCUACGACAACGUCGAGACCAAAAAAUUGGCCUUGGAAGUGACAGAAGGUGACGCCGAAAGUGGGGAAGAGGUCGUGACUUUCAUACAGAGCAUCGCAAGCAACGUGGUGGCCGGUGUGCAACAUGUGGAGGACGAGCGCGCUCUACUGGGCUAUUUGAUGCUGCUGUCUAUAUGGCUAUUUGAAGAUCCGGAAGCGGUCAACGACUUACUUGCAGAGGGCAGUAAUGUGCAAGGUCUCAUUGCGGCUGUCAAGAUCACCAAAAGUUCCAUGCCUCUCGUUGCCGGCCUUUGCGCAUUCGUGUUAGGGAUAAUCUAUGAAUUCUCAACAAAGGACUCCCCGAUAUCGCGAAGCACGCUUCAUGGACUCCUGACCACCAAUCUGGGCAGGGAGGCUUACGUGGAUCGCUUGACAAAGCUCCGGGAAAAUGUCUUUGUGCGAGACUUCGAGGUCCUGCCACAAACCGGCAAUGGCGGGCUGCCAGAAGUGUUCUUCGAGAAGACCUUCAUUGACUUUCUCAAGGACAAUUAUAGCCGAUUCUUACGAGCCAUCGACCGGGAUCCGAAUUUUGAAGUUUCUAUUGUGAGCAACGGCGUUCAGAAGGGCAUCUCCCGCGAUCUCGUCGACAAUCUCAGGGCACAAGUCGAGGAACAGAAACGGGCAUUGGAAGCCGCCAAUAGUGAACUACUGCAGCUGAAGAGGAGACUGGAACAAGAGGAGCUCGAUCACCGCCGGACGCGAGAAUCCACCACUGUUGAGCUAUCUAGAAUCAAGCAAAUCAACCAUAGCCUGCAAGAAAAUCACGAGGAUGAAAUCAGCAAAAUGCAGAAAGGUUUCGCGCAGGAGAGAAGCACUCUGUUGAAGCAUCACGAGGAUGAGCUCAAUCGCAGCCGCAAUGAACAUCUCACGGCUAUCGAAACGGCGCGAAAGCAACACGAGGUGGAGGUCCAGCGGUUCGAACAGCGUCUGAAAAUGGUUGAGCAGGAAGCGGCGCGAGAGCAAAUGGCUCUCAAUGAGCGUCACGCACGAGAAUUGAGUGAGGUUGAAGCACAGGCACAGAAAGCCCGAGAAAGAGAAGCCGCUGAAAUCGCAGACUUACAAAGCAGAGUGUCGGCGUUGCAAUCUCAGCUACAGAAGGCCGAGGCCAACCACGUCCAAGAUCUCGAGACCGCGCACGAGGAAUAUAAGAGCAAAACCGAGAGUUUGGAAGCGCGCCUUAAGCGAGCGGAGAGUCGUGCUCAGGAUUCCGAGAGCCGUUUCAAGCAUCUGGCUGAAGACCUCGAGAAAGAGAAGGCCGCCCGGAAGGACGUCCAGACGGAACUCGACGACCUCUUGGUCGUCUUCGGCGAUCUAGAAGCGAAGAGAUCUGCUGACAAGAAGAAGCUCAAGGAACUGGGGCAAGAAGUCUCUGAGGACGAAGACGAGGAGGAAGAGGAGGAUGAGGGCGCUGAAGACGAUGACGACGAUGCCGUGGAUUAA